CUAAAAUAGCAGCCAGCGUGUAAACGUGAAGUCAAAUUAGGUUUUAUCCGGCGGAGAGCAGCCAUAUAGAGUACCCGCACGCAGCAGCAGCAGUUUGGCCCGGGACGAAAGCUUUUGCCGACAACCGCUGACGAGCAUAUGGUGUGUUGAGAAACCAAGAAGAAGAACCUGUGCAUAAUGUGCUAGGAGAGGCGGCGGACGAAAGUCAGUGUGUCUUGUUUGUCCGAUAUCGUCCAAGUGUCAGAGAGACGGGGAAAGGACAGAGCCAUGGGGCGAAAGAAGAUACAGAUCACCAGGAUCAUGGAUGAAAGGAACAGACAGGUUACCUUCACGAAGAGGAAGUUUGGCCUGAUGAAGAAGGCCUACGAGCUGAGCGUCCUGUGCGACUGCGAGAUCGCCCUCAUCAUCUUCAACAGCUCCAACAAACUGUUCCAAUACGCCAGCACCGACAUGGACAAAGUGCUGCUGAAGUAUACGGAGUACAACGAGCCCCACGAGAGCAGAACCAACUCUGACAUUGUCGAGAAAUUAAGAAACAAAGGCCAUAUUGACUGUGCUAGCCCCGAACCCGAAGACUGUUUCGGGCACAGCCCCCUCAUGGAUGACCAUUUCGGCAAACUAAGCGAAGAGAGUGAUUUAAUGUACAAGCGCUGUGGUGCGCUAAACAAGAAAGAACACAGAGGUUGUGAUAGCCCGGACCCCGAUGCCUCAUAUGUCCUCACUCCUCACACUGAAGAAAAGUAUAAAAAAAUUAAUGAGGAGUUUGAUAAUAUGAUGAGAAAUCAUAAAAUCCCCACGGCAUUGCCCCAGCAGAACUUCUCCAUGCACGUGGCGGUGCCCGUGUCCAAUCCGAACGCCAUGUACCAGCUGGGAGGGACUCUGGGCAGCCAGACUUUAGCGGCGGCCGCAGCCUCCCUGGCCGACAACGGGAUGCUGUCUCCUCCACAGGCCUCUUCCCAUAGGAACGUGGGUUCCAGUGGGGGCCCCCAAAGGCCCGCCAGCGCAGGGAACGGUUUUGUGAACCCCAGGGGCUCCCCGGGCCUCCUCAACACGCCCAGCGGCAACGGUCUGGGUAAAGUCAUGCCUACCAAGUCUCCGCCACCCCCUGGGGGGAACAUGGGGAUGGGAAGCCGCAAGCCAGACCUAAGGGUCGUUAUCCCUCCAUCCAGCAAAGGGAUGAUGCCCCCGCUGAAUACACAGAGGAUAAGCAGCUCCCAGUCCACCCAGCCCCUCUCCACCCCCGUGGUGUCCGUCACCACCCCAAGCUUACCCCCGCAAGGCCUGGUCUACUCAGGCAUGCCCACCUCCUACAACCAUGCAGAGUAUUCCCUGAGCAGCGCUGAGCUCUCCUCCCUGCAGGGCUUCGGCUCUCCUGGGCUGUCGCUGGGCUCCAUGUCGGCAUGGCAACAGCAUCAACUUGGCCAGGCAGCGCUUAAUUCUUUGGUCAGCGGCGGAGGCCACCUACCUCAGGGCUCCAACCUCUCCAUCAACACCAGCCAGUGCAUCAACAUCAAAUCCGAGCCUAUCUCGCCGCCACGGGAGCGCGCCACGCCCUCCGGCUUCCCCCAGCACCAGCACCAGCAGCAGCAGCAGCCGCCGCCUCAGCAAGGCCCCGGGCGACAGGACGUGCUGGGACGCUCGCCCGCCGACAGCCUGAGCUCGUCCUGCAGCUCCUACGACGGCAGCGACCGAGAGGACCACCGGGCGGACUUCCACUCGCCGCUGGCGGGCCUGGUCCGACCCCCGGCGCCCGCAGCCGGCGACAGGGAGAGCCCCUCGGUCAAGCGCCUGCGCAUGGACGCGUGGGUGACCUAGAAGGAAGGAGGCGGCCGCCAAGCCAGGCAGGGAGGGCUGUAUGAUAUCCUUAUUUCUCUUUGUACAUUCGGCAGGUACUUGAUCACAUGACGUCUGCAAUAGGAGCUUCUGGCGCGCCCGCUACAUGUCCUUGCUGCUUGGAUGUUGCGCAACCACAGGAGGACUUUUCACCCACACACACACACACACACACACACACUUUUUAUCCCCGGCGCCCUCUAAGUUAUUGACGGCACGAAGAAAAGACGGAAUUUCGGUUGUUGUCACGGUGACAAAGUCUCCAGUCUUCUGUCGCCGCAUCUCCGAUAUGUAAAUAUCCACUUUCACGUCCGUGAGCGUGCCAGGGAGGAAAAGAAACCAUCUUUUUGCGGGUGAGCGCCAAGUCGACGCCCAGCGUACUUCUCGCCCUCGCCAUCCGCACACACUCUGGUGUCAUCUUGUGUCACUCUGCUUUGGCCGUCUGCUUUUGCGCCCCGUUAUCAGCAUCCACGUAUCGGACACGCCCCUCGGUAUUAACCAUGUCUAUGCAGCCCAAGUCACAUGACCCGUCCAGACCACACGUGUGAUGUCAUCGCAGGCGAAAAGCGACUGUUAGCCUCUUCUAUUCCUAAGUGCCACUUGGACUACGGGAUUCCUUUCAUAUUUUGGCGCUAAUUCCACACGUCCAUCAACACCUGGCGGUACAGUGGAACCAAAAAGAUGCAUCUGUCACCCACUUACUAAAAAGUAUCCUCUAAUUAGUACUUUGUCAUUUUGUCACCAAAUUGACCCCUUAGACAAACAAAAAAAUGUACAUACGCAUUUGGCAGUUUUUGGUAAGCAAAUAUUUAUUCUCACUGUAGGACCUCAAUGGUGAGGUUUUUGUAUUGCAGCCAAUCUCACAAGCUGAAGAUGAUAUUCAGAAAAUAUGUUUUAUGGAAGUGGCCUUUGAAAGGGUUAACAAAUGAAUAUAAUUGUAUUUAAUAUGUAUACUUCAGAGGCUAACAGACUUUUUUAAAGUAGAAAAAUAUAUAUUUAACAGUUUUUGGGAAGUGGACAAUUUUUGUCACUAGGACAUUGAUUUUAGUGUUUUUUUGUGAAAUUGAAUACGUUUUUUUUUUAUCUUUAAUUUAGCUGCCAUCUCAGUUUUUGAGGAGAAUAUAUUUAUUGUCACUAGGAUCACAAGUGUGAGCAAUUUUUAAUUUAUUAGUUUGAUUUGGUUAAAUAUAUAUAUGUUUUAUCUUUUAUUUAGCUGCCAUCCACAACCAAAAUACUGAAUAAUAUUCAGUAUUGAAAUAUGUUUUAUGGAAGUCAUUUUGUUUUGUAAACAUACUGGCGUUUGAAGGGUUAAAAACAAAUAUGAUUUGUAUUUAAUGUGUAUAGUUCAGAAGCUAGCACACUUUUUUAAAGUAGAAAAAAAUAUAUUUUAACAGUUUUUGGGAAGCGGAUAUUUUUUGUCACUAGGACAAUGUUGUUGUUUCUUUUGUGAAACUUAAUACGUUUUUUUUUAUCUUUAAUUUAGCUGCCAUCUCAGUUUUUGAGAAGCAGAGACUUAUUGUCACUAGGACCUCAAGUGUGAGGUUUUUGUUUUGUUUUGUUUUUUUUAGUUUAAUUUGGUUCAAUUAAAUUCAAAAUAAAUAUAAAAAUUAUUUAAAUGUAUAUUUCAGGCUGAUCUAAAUGGUAUAAUUGACCUUUUUAAAGUAGAUACAAAUAUAUUUAACAGUUUUUGGGAAGUGGACAAUUUUUGUCACUAGGACAUUGAUUUUAGUUUUUUUUUGUGAAAUUGAAUACGUUUUUUUAAUCUUUAAUUUAGCUGCCAUCUCAGUCUUUGAGAAGCAGAGACUUAUUCUCACUAGGACCUCAAGUGUGAGGUUGUUGUUUUGUUUUGUUUUUUUAGUUUAAUUUAGUUCAAUUAAAUUCAAAAUAAAUAUAAAAAGUAUUUAAAUGUAUAUUUCAGGGUGAUUUAGUUGGUAAAAUUGACCUUUUUAAAGUAGAUACAAAUAUAUUUAACAGUUUUUGGGAAGUGGACAAUUUUUGUCACUAGGACAUUAUUAUUUUUUUGUGUGAAAUUGAAUACGUUUUUUUUCAUCUUUAAUUUAGCUGCCAUCUCAGUUUUUGAGGAGCAGAUAUUUAUUGUCACGAGGAUCACAAGUGUGAGCAAUUUUUUUAUUUUGUAUUUUUUCUUUUUUUAGUUUGAUUUGGUUAAAUAUAUAUAUGUUUUAUCUUUUAUUUAGCUGCCAAAAUACUGAAUAAUAUUCAGAAAAUACUCCUUGAAAUAUGUUUUAUGGAAGUCAUUUUGUUUUGUAAACAUACCGGCCUUUGAAGGGUUAAAAACAAAUAUAAUUCGUAUUUAAUGUGUAUACUUCAGAAGCUAACACACUUUUUUAAAGUAGAAAAAAAUCUAUUUCAACAGUUUUUGGGAAGCAAAUAUUUUUUGUCACUAGGACAAGGUUGUUGUUUCUUUUGUGAAAUUGAAUACGUUUUUUUUAUUUUUUUAUUUUAUCUUUAAUUUAGCUGCCAUCUCAGUUUUUGAGAAGCAGAGACUUAUUCUCACUAGGACCUCAAGUGUGAGGUUUUUGUUUUGUUUUGUUUUUUUAGUUUAAUUUGGUUCAAUUAAAUUCAAAAUAAAUAUAAAAAGUAUUUCAAUGUAUAUUUCAGGCUGAUCUAGUUGGUAAAAUUGACCUUUUUAAAGUAGAUACAAAUAUAUUUAAACGUUUUUGGGAAGCUGACUUUUUGUCAGCAGGACAAUGAUGUUUUUGUUUUUUUGUGAAAUUGAAUACGUUUUUUUUUUAAAUCUUUAAUUUAGCUGCCAUCUCAGUUUUUGAGAAGCAAAGAUUUAUUGUCACUAGGACCUCAAGUGUGAGGGUUUUUGUUUUUUUGUUUAAUUUAGUUAAAUAUAUUUUUUUAAAUUAUUAUUUAACUUAGCUGCCAUCCACAGCCUAAAUACUGUAUAAUAUUCAGGAAACACUCCUUGGAAUAUGUUUUAUGGAAGUGGUUUUGUUUCAUUUUGUACAAAUACCGGCCUUUAAAGGGUUCAAAAUAAAUAUAAAAAGUAUUUAAAUAUAUAUUUCAGGCUGAUCCAGUUGGUAAAAUUGACCUUUUUAAAGUAGAUGAAAAAAUAUAUUUAACAGUUUUUGGGAAGCGGACAUUGAUUGUCACUCGGACCUCAAGUGAGUUUAUUUAUCUUACAGCCUAAAUAUAAUAUUCAUAAAAUACUCCUUGGAAUAUGUUUUAUGGUUUAGUUUAGUUAGUUAUGUAAACACACUGUACCGUCCUUUUCAGGGUUAAACAUAAUUAUACAGAGUUUUAAAUAUGGCUGAUGGUAAAAUUGACAUUUUAUAACAGAAAAACAUGUUUUUAAGUUUUUGGAAGGUGAAGAUGUAUAUUGUCAAUAGGACCUUUUACUUUUUAUUUAAUUUUGUUGAAUUUAUAUCCUUUAUUUAGCUGCCGUCUCACAGCCUAAAUAAAAUAUUCAGAAAAUACUCCUUGAAAUGUAUUUUAUGGAAGUGGUUUAGUUUAGUUAGUUAUGUAAACAUAUUGGCCUUUAAAGGGUUCAAAAUAAAUAUGAAUAGUAUUUAAUGUGUAUGUUUUAGGCUGAUGGAGUUGGUAAAAUGUAAUUUUUUUCAAGUAGAAAAAAAAACAUUUAACCGUUUUUGGAAAGCAGUUAUUUACUGUGAAUAGGGCCUUAAGUGAGUUUUUAUUCAUUUUUGUGAAAUUUAAUUCGUUUUUAAAAAUUUUUUAUUCUGUGAUUUAGCUGCCAUCUCACAGCCUAAAUAUAAUAUUCAGAAAAUACUCAUUGAAAUAUGUUUUAUGGAAGUGGCUUAAUUAGUAAUGUAAACACACUGUACUGUUGUUCUAAGGGUUACAAAUAAUUAUACAGAGUUUUAAUUCAAAUAUAUAUAUUUCAGGCUAAUCUAAAUUAGUUGGUAACAUUGACAUUUUUAUAACAAAAAACUUUUUUUUUUUUGUUUUUGAAAGGUGGAGAUGUAUUGUCUCUAGGACCUCAAGUUUGAGUUUAAAAAUAUAAUUUUGUUAAAUUGAAUUUGUUUUUUAAAAUCUUUUAUUUAGCUGCCAUCUCACAAGUUAAAGAAAAUACUCCUUAAAAUAUGUUUUAUGGAAGUGGUUUAGUUCAUUUAGUUACAGUAUGUAUAGUAGGGAAGGGAUUCAUAAGGCCCCAUUCCUGGGUGGAUCUCGCAUGAGAGGAAGAGGGGGGUUGUUAAUCAUUUUGCAGUCUGCUGAAAAUGAUGGAAAGUGCCACCCUAAAUAGAAACUGACGCUGUGGUCAAAGUUGGAAUUGCCACAAAACACUCUACUGCCAUCUGGAGGCUAAAGUGGAUAUUCCAACCCACCAUUAGUCACGUUUCAUGUGUCAGGAAAACCACGAUGAUUGGGGCCAUAUGAAUCCCCUUCCUAAAGUAAAACAUACUGGUUUUUAAAGGGUUCAAAAUAAAUACAAACAUUAUUUAAUAUGGAUAUUCCAGGCAGAUGUAGUUGGUAAAAUUGACUUUUUUAAAGUAGAAAAAAUAUAUACAUGUAAGUUUUUGGGAAGCAGAGAUUUAUUGUCACUAGGACCCCAAGUAACUUUGUUUUAUUUAAUUUUGUGGAAUUUAAAUAGUUUAUUCUUUAAUUGAGCUGCCAUCUCACAACCUACAGAAAAUAUUCAGAAAAUACUAAUUUCUUAGUUAUGUAACACUUUCAAGGGUUAAAAAUAAAUAGAAAGAGUAUUUAAUAUAUAUUUUUCAGGCUGAAGUAGUUGGUAAAAUUGACUUAUUUAAAAUAGUAAAAAAUAAGUAAUAUAUUUUAACUGUUUUUGGGAAGCACAAAUGUAUUGUCACCUAAAUAUUUUUAAAUCUGUUUUUAAUCUUUUCUAUUUCUGCCAUCUCGCAGCCUUAAAAUAAGUUUCAGAAAUGACUCACUAAAAUGUAUUUUAUGUAAGGUUUAGUUAUGUUCACAUACUGGCUUUUAUAGGGUGAAAAAUAACACGCAUCCUUUCAAAUGUAAUAUGAUCUAGCAGGCACAAGACAUUAAAACAACUUUGAAAACUUGUUGAAUUAGAUUUUGCAACGUUGUUUCAAUGUUUAUUUUAAAGGACUUGUACGUAUAAUCAACGUUGUAUCAAUGUCUUGUGCCUGCUGGGUUUACGGUUCAGCCUGAAGUCGUUUAUAAAAUGUACUUGAUCAAAGUAGUAAAAAAAAAAAAUCUCAUACUCAAAACUGUUUUUGGAAAGCGGACAUUUUUAGUCACUCGGACCUCAAGUGUGAGGUUUUUUUUUUUGUUUUUGUAGUGCCGCCAUCUCACGGCCGAAAUAUAAUUAGACAAUACUUAUUGAAAUGUAUUUUAUGGAAGUGUUUAAAUGAGUUAUGUAAACAUGCUGGCAUUUAAAUGGUUAUUUAAUACAUGUAUUUCAGGGUGAAGUAGUGGGGAAAAAUCAGUUCAAAGUUGAAAGUGGCUUAUGGAAAGUGGACAUUUUUGUUGUGAAGAAAGUAUCCAUUAUGUAUUUCCGGGAAAUAUAUAUAUUUUAAUUGUAUGUGGUUUAAAUUAUUUGAACAAACUGACCUUUAAGAGUUUUUAAAAAGUAAAUAUGAGUGUAUAAAUAUGAAUAAUUCUCUUCAGAGUUGGCAUUUUUGCUGACAUUAGGGAAAAAAGUAAAUCUGAGUGUAUAAAUAUGAAUAAUUAUCUUCAAAGUUGGCAUUUUUGCUGACUUUAGGGACACAUCAUUGACAUAUAAUAAUAAUAUAAAUUCCCUAAGUAAAAUACAGUAUAAUUAGUGACAAUGACAGAAGGUUACUGCAAACUACUGGUGUUUGAUUUAAUGCACGUGUGAAAACCUACAAACCCCGUUUCCAUAUGAGUUGGGAAAUUGUGUUAGAUGUAAAUAUAAACGGAAUACAAUGAUUUGCAAAUCAUUUUCAACCCAUAUUCAGUUGAAUAUGCUACAAAGACAACAUAUUUGAUGUUCAAACUGAUAAACAUUUUUUUUUUUUGCAAAUAAUUAUUAACUUUAGAAUUUGAUGCCAGCAUCACGUGACAAAGAAGUUGGGAAAGGUGGCAAUAAAUACUGAUAAAGUUGAGGAAUGCUCAUCAAACACUUAUUUGGAACAUCCCACAGGUGAACAGGCAAAUUGGGAACAGGUGGGUGCCAUGAUUGGGUAUAAAAGUAGAUUCCAUGAAAUGCUCAGUCAUUCACAAACAAGGAUGGGGCGAGGGUCACCACUUUGUCAACAAAUGCGUGAGCAAAUUGUUGAACAGUUUAAGAAAAACCUUUCUCAACCAGCUAUUGCAAGGAAUUUAGGGAUUUCACCAUCUACGGUCCGUAAUAUCAUCAAAGGGUUCAGAGAAUCUGGAGAAAUCACUGCACGUAAGCAGCCAAUCCCGUGACCUUCGAUCCCUCAGGCUGUACUGCAUCAACAAGCAGCAUCAGUGUGUAAAGGAUAUAAUGAUAAAUACAUAAAUGAUAAAUGGGUUAUACUUGUAUAGCGCUUUUCUACCUUCAAGGUACUCAAAGUGCUUUGACAGUAUUUCCACAUUCACCCAUUCACACACUGAUGGCGGGAGCUGCCAUGCAAGGCGCUAACCAGCAGCCAUCAGGAGCAAGGGUGAAGUGUCUUGCCCAAGGAAACAACGGACGUGACUAGGAUGGUAGAAGGUGGGGAUUGAACCCCAGUAACCAGCAACCUUCCGAUUGCUGGCACGGCCACUCUACCAACUUCGCCACGCCGUCCCUAUGGGCUAAGGAACACUUCAGAAACCCACUGAAAAUCAUUGUAUUCCGUUUAUAUUUACAUCUAACACAAUUUCCCAACUCGUAUGGAAACGGGGUUUGUACUAGUGCUUUCCUCCAUUUACAGUUCUAUGGUUAUCAUCACACUUUCCAUUAAUGGCACUUUAAAGACAAAAAAAGGCAACGAAAACACAAUUUAAUGAGUGAAAGAGAAACAAGAAAUGGUUCUCAAAGUUAGAAAAUGUUUGUUUGAACUCUCCAGUUCUGCGUUGUCGGUUCCACUGUACCUUGACCAAUAUUCCCCAAACUAUCGUCAACCAUUCAAAUGUAAUGCAGAGCAGCGGGUCAGGAUGAAAAGGAGCAAUAAGAAAACAGCAUCACCUCGUAGUCGAGCACACUUGAUGACAUAUCAGGGACUUUUGUAGUUUGUAUAUGCACACGCAGAGUAAAUGCCUUAUCCCAAAGAAAUAGAGUAGGACACAAGUGUCAGCUCCUUUAUGGCAGAAGAAGAAACAGACGGCCCAAGUGGAGUGAUGCACUCUCCUCCUCCUCCAACAAAACAACCGAUGAAUGUGGAAAGGAAAAUGUGGUGGAGGACUUUUUUUCCUUCAUGGCUUUUUUUCUAAACAGAACACGUGUUUGCUACAGGAAGUGUUUGUACAGCAGCCCAUAGUUCACCUUCACUCCAAAGCUGUUUGUUUUUUUUUCGGUUUGGCGGCACAAGCUGGACUUUGUUGCCAACAAUGGACUUUCUUGUUUCGGUUAAAUAAAAAAAAACGUUAUGAAAAGAAAAAAAAAGAUUUUAAGUUAAUCCGCGUUUUAAGUCCCCCCGAAUGUGCUAUUUUAUUUUUCAGCAUAUAUUAAAUAUUCAAGUGGAAUUUUUAUGGAACAUUAAAGAUAUUAUGCUAGAUAUUGUUGUACAAAAUUUGUAUUUUUCAGAAAAGUACAAAUAUUGGCUUUUAACGUGUGAUUUAGGUUAUCUCUCUCUUUAUGUGUAUACAAAAAAAAAAGAAAGAAGUCUGUUCUCUUGUGAAGUCCCACACAGUAGCAAAGUUGAUUAAACACGUCUUCAUGUCUAGUUCAUCUUUGACUCUGCCCAUUAAAUGCUUUUAUUCACCUCGCCGCUCUCAUUUUGUGCAGAAAAUAUGACCUGGAUAUUACUGGCUACAAUGUCCACCUGUUUUUAUUCACCUUUGCUUACAGUUGGACCUUUUAAAUCAACUUUAUGGAUUGAAUGUGUGAAUAAAAUGUGAAGUUGGUGAACUUCAUUGCAAUAUGU